CGCGGGUUGUGGGGGUGUCGUUUGAAUCAUCAUAAUAAUAAUAAUGAUAAUAAUAUACCCUCUUAUCACAGCAUCGGGUGCUCGGAGCGUUGGUUUCGGUAACACUUAUCCAAAUAAUUUCUAUCCAGACAACGCAUUUAUCAUGAUCUUGAGCACUUGUGAAUUAUAAAACACCUUCCCUCAAUAAUGCAUAUUUGAUAAUAGAGCUUGAAACACUUUAAAUUGUGUUUAACGUUUAACAUAACCGAAAACUUCAAAGCCGAAUAAGGCAACAACAAACCCGUCUUAUCUAUCAUGACGCAAGACUCGGGAAAAGAGAACGUUUGAUGGUUACGUUGAUCGCCUUGCAUACGUUUAGCGGCCUUAAACACAAGUGGCCACGACCAGGAGACUAUGCUGGAGGACGCCCAGGACAUUGCUAGAGCAGCGAGGAGGCGAGACACGGAGACCACGAUGACGAGAGGAGGCGGGACAGAUCUAGGGGAUGACAAGGGGCUGGACUUCAUCAUUCCCUUGCUCAUGUUCUUGCAUAAGACUUGCCACAAGGCUGUCUGCUGCUUCUUGAUGAAACACUUUGGGACCACAGACUACGUAAAUAAAAAAAUCAACACACGCGAGGGGAAAAGCAUGACGUUGAAGAUCUUUCUGGAGCAAGUGAACGAGGAUGGAAAAAAAAUGAAGGCCAAAAAUGAAAUGAGGGGAGGAAAACCAAAAAAUAUAAACAAAAAAGGUAACCCGACACAGCAACAACAGCAGCCCUCUGCAGAGAGUAUGAAGCGGCGAGACGACAUACAGAAUAUUACAGAAAAUGAGGAGAUCCUCAACUCAGUGGCAGUGGGUGCCCUCAUGCUGGAGGAUGAGGCAUGCCAGAAAGAACUGGAGAAGCUGGACAUCUGCUUUGUCUUGAACAUUAUCCUCAAUUCAGUCAUCAACAUUCCACUGUACGGCCUUGAGAAAUUCUUCUUUGAAUUCAAGGGAGUGAGGAAGGUUUUGGUCCACCCUAAGUUCUACUUCACCGAGAAAGACUUUGACAAUAAUUUAAAAAAACUAAUGGCUGCUGCUGAGGAGCUGUACAAGCAUCUCUCCCUCAAUGAGCAGGAGCUGCAGAAGAGUGAGAAAGACUGCCGUCAAGAUGCUGCUACUGGAAACAAGGCCCUGCUCAUCCAACAUAAUCUGGUAAAAGAGGCCCACGAGAAGUACAUCCCUCCUGAUUCUACUUUUGUGCCUCCAGACAUCACAUUAUUAAAAACUAGUGGCAAGGAAGUACUAAUACAAGACCUGAACAAGUUUAUUGAAGGCCAACAAGAUCAGAAGAACGUCAUCGUGCUGAGUGGAGAGCAUAGAGAAGAAAAGGCGCGACUCCUGGAGGGCUUGGCGUCCACCUUCAAGGGCCACAAGAGGUUCAAAUUGGUGGUGCAUGUGAAUGAGAGGGACAGGAAGCACUCCCACUGGCUGUUGGCUGGGACUGAGGCCACCGGCGAACACUUUGCUGCCACAUUUCAGGACCAAGUGUUUGACUGCCUUGCACACUUGGCACCGCGCACAGUGCAUCAAUAUGGCCUGGACGCUGUGAAGGCUGCAAUCAGUGCCUUCCAGAAGGACAUUCUCUUCCUUGUCAACUGGAACAAUCUGGGUCAUGUGAGUAGUGAGCUUCAGAAGGGAACAUGGGUGCUUACUUAUGAGGGAAAGGAGCCUCCCCUGGCAGACUGGCAGGUGCUGAGGCUUGAGCUCUACACUGAGGCUCAAGUGCUGGAGAUGAUAAACUACCACACCCACAAGGAGAGCAAUGAGAUCAGGGAAAGCAAGAGUAAGGAGAAGCUAAGGGAUGUCAUGAUGGGCUGCUACAACAGACUUGACAACAAGAACAUCCUCUCUUCCCUUGACAUGAUCCAGAUAUUCUUGGAAGUGUGCACACGUGAAUCUGUGGAAAGCGACUUUGAGUUGGUGAAGAUCCAUGUGGAGAACUCUCUGAAAGGCUUUGAAGGUGACAAACAAGCCAGGGAGGACAUUAUGGUAAGACUCGGUAAGGAUGCCUACACCUCUAUAUAUAAAUCAGGAUUCAUCAGCAAGGACAACAUUCCUCAGUUUGUGCUUGAGUCCUUCCUAUAUCCUGUUGAGGGCAAGGGAUGGAGCUUCAAGCAUUCCAGCACGCGGGACUUCAUGGCUGCCAAGUAUGUUGUCGCCAACCAGAUAGAGGCACAGAGGGAAUGGGUGAACGAGAAUGUUGUCUCCUUUAAAAGGGUGUUUAAGUUUGCAUGUUUCCUGUGGUGUAGGAGUGACUCUAAGGAGAGGGAGUACCUGCCACACAUGGAGGCAUUCCUGAAAAUAUUCCUGAGUGCUCCAAAGAAGGGGGAAAAGACACAAGGUAGUCCUUUUGACAGCUGGGACUUGUUAUUUGACCUGGAUGAUGUUGGCAGUCGUAAAGUCCUGAAACCCCUGAUGUCCAUCCUCUCAGACAUCCCGUGCUGGUGCUUCAAUGCUGCUCAGUGUCAGGGUCUGGACAAGAGGCUGACCAGAAUGGACAAAAUUCUGAGAGGGAAAGAGCUCACUCUGAAAAAGGACAACCCUCUCAUCAUCAAGUUAAAGAGCACCAACACCAACAUGAAACUAAUCACAGAGUUCUGGAAAAAGUUGAGGCAAAUACCAGCAAUGUAUGACUGCGUCAGGAUUGAGAUGACUGUUGAGGGUGAAGACACCAGUCACAGAAAUGAAAUAGAGGACUUCUUCAAGACAGUAGCUGAUACAGAUGUCCCUCUUUACAUCACCCGGUACAAGGGUCCACUUUUCCCAUCCAUCAUGUCCAAGUGUCUUAAGUGUGAGUGCAUGCAAAACCUUGAGAUCCUGGAGGUGUGUGUGAAUGAUGUCUCGUCCCUGAAAGAGGUGUUGUCGUGUGGAGUCAAAGAAAUGCACAUUAUGAUUAACAUUGAGUCACCUGAGGAGAGCAAUUUUACACCUUCUAGUAUUGUGUUCCCUUCAGUGGGCUCUGUGCAUAUGUCCAUAAAGUAUUUCCACAACAUUCAGCAGUUGUUGGAUGGCCUCCAGGGCUGUCACCACCUGUGUUCACUGAGCAUUCAUGACCUGUAUAUCAUGUCCAAUUUUAAGCUCAAUCUCUCAGCUUUCAGCCAGUUAGAGAGUCUUAACAUAAGGUUUGAACCUGAUACAGUAGAUGUCAGACCCUUAGCACCAGAGGAAGAGAGGAUGGAGGGGGUGGAGGAGGGUGGAGAGGGCAAUGAACACAGACUACUACCUCGAUCCAGCUGGUUGUCCCACCUCUUACCUCACUUAACACUGCCGGAAAAUUUUAAAAGGCUACUCCUAAGAAACGUUGACUUCUUCAGAGACUCCAACCAAAACCUGAUCAAUGAGCUCUCUGAGAAAUACAGCAUCAAGAGAGUUGUGAAUCUGGACUCAAGUGUUUCUUUCAUUGGGGCUGGGCAGACUCAUUGCUCACAGACUGGCGAUGAUGAUGAGGAGGAGGAAGAGAACCAUAAAGAAGGGAAGAGAUUGCAGAUGACAGAGUUCCCUGAUAUCGGGGAAUCAUCUACAAAAAGAACCCGGCUGGCCGAGGAGAAAUGAUGCCAUGAACUCGAACGAACCAGAUGGGAUGGAGGUUGUGUAAUUGCCGACGGGAAGCUUUGUUUUGACUGUUGCUGUAUCUCCUGCCAGUGUUACUCCAAUGUAGGACACGAGGACAGCUGCAGCACCCACAGGCCCUUGGCUGACCUGAUCAACAACAUGCAUAGUCUCAGCAUUAAGUGCUUCUCUUACUCCUCCGACAGUUAUCCUGCCAGAAUGGACGUGUCUGGAGAGUAGAGUAGUGUGCAUAAUGGAAGGGCUUCCUGAUGAUGAUGCCCAAAAAGUGGAUUCUGGAAGCUGCAUGUCCUAGUUCUUCCUUCCCCUGAGGCUGGCACAGGUUAUUACCAUGAGAGGGACGGCCGUGUCUCCACUUGGGGCGGCUAAAGUGGCUGAGCAUCUAAAGGAAAUUAAGAGAACAGAAGUAAUAAAUCCGUUUGCCCUCACUAUUGAGACAAGCUGGCACCCCUCAGAU